GAAGAACUCCACGCAGAAAACAAGAUGGGCCGUUUGGGGGGAUGAAUUUGAAAGUGGCAGGCAUACGAGGUGUUCCGGAUCGAGUACGGGACUCAAAAGAUCCAAGAAACAAGAGAGAUGAACGAAAGGAUCAUGGUUUCAAGGCACUGAAAAUGCAGAGAUCAUUGGCGCCAGUCUCCUACGAUCAGCGGACACGAAUAAAGGAACGAAUGGCAGAAGUUCGAACCUUCAGAGAAUUCCCUUUGCUCGAGUCAGUUCGCAAGGCCAUUGUGGAACAGGCAUUACAAGGCAUGGAUGAUCUUACGCCGACGCCCGUCCAAAAAAUUGCUAUUCCAGCCCUUCUGGGUGAGACCAGCAGGGCGCGGACCCGAAUUAGACGUCAACAAGCUCUCCGAGAAGAGUUCCUCGUGGCCGCAGAGACUGGUUCCGGCAAGACACUCGCAUAUCUAAUACCUACGAUUAAUGCUGUUAAAUUGGCAGAGGCUGCAGAUGCUGAAAUUGAGGAGCAUGAGAAGGCAUUGGAGGAGGAACGGAGACGAAAGAAUGAUAUAACCUUAGUCUCGCCACCUCUGUCGAACAUGCCGCACCCAACGACAGGUCGGCCAAGAGCAGUGAUUCUUGUUCCAACAGCUGAGCUGGUGACACAAGUUGGCAACCUUAUCAAGGCAAUGUCACACACUGUCAAGUUCCGUUCGGCGUUAAUAUCGUCUUCGUUCAGCGGUAUUGUUAUUCGAAAUCGAUUGUUUUCGCCAAAAGGUAUCGAUAUUCUAGUCUCAACACCUCAUCUCCUGGCUUCAAUUGCCGACUCAGAUCCCAAUAUUCUCUCUCGCGUUACUCAUCUCGUCAUCGAUGAAGCUGAUUCCCUGAUGGACCGUGGCUUUGCCCCACUCACAUCGGCCAUUAUCGACAGAUCUAGCCCAUCCCUCCAACAGCUCAUUCUCUGCUCUGCAACGAUCCCUCGCAGUCUGGAUACCUAUCUACGGAAGCGUUUUCCAGAUAUCCGACGCCUUGUGACUCCAAAUUUGCACGCCAUCCCUCGACGAGUUCAGCUGGGUGUUGUCGAUGUGGAAAGGCCUCCGUACCAAGGCAAUAAAGACCUGGCUUGUGCAGAUACGAUAUGGUCAAUUGGAAAGGCAGCUGCUGACCACGAUGGGCCGGUAAAGGGGGAGAUGGACGUGAAGCGGAUCCUUGUUUUUGUCAAUGAACGCGAGACGACCCAAGCCGUCACCGAGUACCUUGUGUCGAAAGGAAUCGAUGCGAUUGCCUUGAGUCGUGACACGCCCGAGGAGCGGCAGUCGGAAAUGUUGGCCUCGUUCACGCCCGCAAAACCACUUUCAGCUCCAAAGGUUGAUCAUCCAGGAUCUCUCGCGGACAACCAGCCGAACUACGUUCCAAUCGGCAAGGCGCCGCCUCCGGUGAAGCGUAGCCUUCCAAAUGUGAAGGUGUUGGUCACGACUGAUUUGGGAUCCCGGGGGAUCGACACGUUGGCUGUGAGGCAUGUAAUUUUGUACGAUGUACCGCAUUCUACCAUAGAUUUCAUUCAUAGACUUGGGCGAACUGGGAGAAUGGGUAGGAGGGGGAGAGGAAUUGUACUUGUAGGGAAGCAUGAUCGGCGGGAUGUUGUGGCUGAGGUGAAGGAGGGGAUGUUCAAAGGACAGGCGUUGAUUUGAGACGCAUUCGGCAGGCACAGAAAGAUGUCCAUUUUGUAUCAUAAGAAUAUACCCAUCUCGAGAUGUUUCCCUAGUCUAUUGUGGAAAUCUCUUGUUGCAAUCCCUGACAUAUUUGUUG